GUUAAGCUAGCUAGCAUGGCUUGAUCUCAGCUAACGUGCAAGGUAGCAGUUUGUGUGUCGCCCAGCGGCGCACAUACACCUUCCGAGCAUGGACUGCUACACACAAACCGCCUCAAAAGUGGACUAAUAAAAAAAACAAACUUCACCGACAAACUUAUUUUUGGGAUGCCCACAUAGUAAGAUGUCAUGGUGAGAGCAGCCAUGUCAGAGGAGGCAGUGCGUCAAACACGCAGCCAGAAGCGGGCUCUGGAGAAGGACCAUGCAACUCCUGGGUCUCCUGGGGACAUGGAUGGCAAAAGGGUUAAACUGGAGAGGGGAGAUGCAGCUGAUGCUCCUCUGGCCCUGAUGGGAUCUGGAGAUGAGGGUGUCAAGCUAAAGAAUGAACAGGCUGCAAAGGUAGCAGCCAGUAUCCUAAAGGCUGGAGAGGUGAAGGCAACCAUCAAGGUGGAGGUGCAGACUGGAGACGAGCCUGUUGAUAUGAGCACAUCCAAAAGUAACAUUAAGAAAGAGCGGCCGCCUCCAUCACCAGAUGAUGUGAUUGUGUUAUCAGACAACGAGCCAUCCAGUCCACUCAUGAAUGGUCACUGCUUCACAAAGACUGACACAGAUAAACUUAUGAAGAGUUCUCCUGAGGAGAGGGAACGCAUAAUCAAACAGCUGAAGGAAGAACUGAGACUGCAAGAGGCCAAGCUAGUUCUGCUAAAGAAACUACGACAGAGCCAGAUCCAGAAGGAGAGCAAUUCACAGAAGGCAACUGGCUCAGUAGCUACUCCUCCUCCUUUGGUGAGAGGAAGCAUCACAUCAAGCAAAGGACCCCUCCAGGUGACCGGUCGGAGCUCAGGCACAGUGAUCCCUCCUCCGUUGGUGAGGGGAGGGCAGCAUGUCCCGUCCAAACACAACUCUCAGAUUGUCAUGCCACCUCUGGUGAGAGGAGCCCCGCCUAUUGCAGUUACUCCUCAGCAAAUCGCCAGUCUACGUCAACAACAGCAGCAGCAUAGUGGUUCUGGCCCGCCUCCACUUUUGCUCGCUCCUCGGGCCUCUGUGCCUAAUGUCCAGGUCCAGGGUCAGAGGAUCAUUCAGCAGGGACUCAUUCGGGUGGCUAAUGUGGCCAACAGUAAUGUUAUGGUUAACAUCUCUCAGGCCUCUCCAUCCAGCCUUAAGGGAUCCUCAGCGUCACCUAACUCCAGCAUUAAUGAUUCUCCAGCCAGCCGGCAGGCGGCUGCCAAGCUGGCACUGCGGAAGCAGUUGGAGAAAACGCUUCUGGAGAUUCCUCCACCCAAACCCCCUGCCCCAGACUUCAACUUCUUGCCCUCAGCAGCCAAUAAUGAGUUUAUCUACUUGUUAGGGUUAGAGGAAGUGGUGCAAACGCUUCUGGAGAUGCACGGCAGGGGCAAUCUUGGCCCAGCUGCUGCAAUGGCCAGCUCCAUUCCCAAAGAGCCAUACACCUGUGCCCAGUGUAAGACAGACUUUACCUCCCGUUGGAGAAAAGAGAAGGCCGGGGCCAUCUUCUGUGACCAAUGCAUGUCAUCCAAUCAGAAAAAGGUCUUGAAAGCAGAGCACACCAGUCGCCUGAAAGCAGCUUUUGUGAAGGCACUUCAACAGGAGCAGGAGAUUGACCAGCGUAUCCUCCAGCAGGCAGCCUCUUCCUCCUCCAUCUCGAAAACCACCUCAUCAUCCUCCCCAUCUCUGUCUAAGAGUGACAUGCUGAUUUCCCAGACGUACAAGCAGGCCAGUGCUGCCAUGCACAGAUCUAUUACUGCCCACCAUGCUUCCAUUAAGCAGAAUCAGCUGUCGCACAGCCUCCAGUCCGCAGUGAGGUCUCGCGGUGUGGUCCACACAUUCCCUUCCUCUCAGCUGCAGAGCUCUGUGACUGCAGCAGCGUUGGGCAGCAGGGCAGGUAAGCAUGCUGCAGCACGCCCUCUGCAGCACGGGCCAAAGGUUGGCGCCAGUAGCAGCAGCAGCACUAACCAGGGCAACGUGGCUGCCUGGAGGAAGCAGAACAGCGCCAAUACAGGUGUAUCUAUGGCCUACGUGAACCCCAGCUUGUCUGCCCAUAAGACCACCUCUGCUGUGGAGCGUCAGCGGGAAUACCUGCUGGACAUGAUUCCCUCCCGUUCGAUCUCCCAAGCAGCCAACACAUGGAAAUAAUGCAAUCUUAUUCUUUUACCAUAACUAUUAUCCCUCUUAAUAUCAAUAACAGCCAUUUUCAUUAUCAUUCUAAUCCUUUCUAUGGACUUCUAUGCCUCUGGCUAAAAUGGUGCAGGGGAUGGUCAGCCUAU